UUUAACCGCUUUGAAUUAUUUGUUGGGAUUUGACCACACUAAAUGUAUCCCAGAGAUUAUUUUUUAAAUAAAUUUAGUAUCGGUUGACUAACGCAAGGCAAUCCAAGAUAUCUCUUACCAGAAAUCAAGGAGGGAGGAAAAAUAGCGCUAAAUAUGGCGGAGAAAAAAUUAAUGCACGCAUCUUUGAAAAAGGAAGGUGCAUGCAUGGUAGGAAGAUGUUUAAUUACAUAAAUUCUUUAGAACAAAAUCGGAUAUCUGUAGCCAUCAUAAUUACUGAGAAAUCUAUCAAAACGCCUAUAUAUAGCGAUCUAGUCUACCUAGUCUCUUGUUUGUUUUUCAAAGAAUGGAACUUGAUCAGUAAAAUAUAUCGUGAAUCGGAGGAGAGAAUGAUCCAGCAGAAGAAUCUCUGGGUGCUCUUAGCAUUGAUUAAUACUAUCGCACUUGUUGGAUUUAAUCAUCUGUGCCAUGCAGAGGGAAAGGCACACCGUAUUCUUUUGGACACAGAUGUCGAUACUGAUGAUGUCUUCGCUCUUUUCUACCUCUUGAAGCUCAACAGAUCACGAUUUGGAUUGGAGGCAGUCACUGUGAACACGAACUCAUGGACAGAUGCAGGGCAUGGUGUGAGCCAAAUCUAUGACAUUCUUUACAUGAUGGGCCGUGACGAUGUGUCUGUUGGGAUGGGAGGUGAGGGUGGAAUAGCAGAAGAUGGCGACAUAUUCCCAGAUGUUGGUGGUUUUCUUCCUAUAGUUGAACAGGGGAAGUCAACAGCAGGAGGUUGUAGAUACAGACAAGCUAUUCCUGUUGGCCCUAGAGGACGGCUGGAUCUUGAUUCUAACUACGGCUUACGGAGAGCAUUUCUGCCACAGGGCAGCAGGAAAUAUUCUCCUCUUGAACAGCCAACCGCCCAACAAGUGCUGACAGAAAAGAUAUCUGCAGGUCCUAUUACUGUUUUAAUUACAGGAGCUCAUACAAAUAUUGGCGUUUUUCUUAUGAACAAUCCACAUCUGAAGAACAAUAUUGAGCAUAUAUACGUGAUGGGUGGGGCCGUGAGGUCAGACGGCAAUCUGUUUGCAGACCUCUAUAGUAAUCCUUUUGCUGAAUUUAAUAUAUUUGCAGAUCCUUUUGCUGCAUACCAGGUUUUACAUUCUGGAAUUCCUCUCACCCUUGUGCCCCUCGAUGCAACCAAUACCAUUCCUACAAAUGAGAAUUUCUUCAAGGCAUUUGAGCAGAACCAGCACACCUACGAGGCACAAUACUGCUUCCGGUCCUUGAAAAUGACUCGUGACACUCGGACUGACGACCACUUUUACACUAGCCAUUACAUGUGGGACACCUUCGCAGCUGGUGUAGCAGUUUCUACCAUGCGUAACUCGCAAAACCGAGAUGGAGAAAAUGAAUUUGCUGAAAUGGAGUACAUGAACAUAACAGUAGUGACUUCAAAUGAACCUUUUGGGAUAAGUGAUAGCUCGAAUCCAUUCUUUUACCACCGUGAAGUCCCAAGGUUUAAUCUGACGAAAGGCGGAGUGCACAGUGGUCAUGUGCAGACAAGCCUUCGAGAUCCUCUUUGCCUUGGGGAGAAUGGGAAAGGGCGGUGUGAGGAUGGCUAUACAAAGGAGGUAAGUGGUGCAGAGGCAGUGCGUGUUCGUGUUGCUACGAGAGCGAAGCCUAAUCCUGACAGGAAUAGCACACUUGACAGAGCAUUCUACAAGAGCUUCUUGGAUGCCCUGAAUGACCCUCAACAAUCUGGGAGGUUUAAUUUUACCACUCAAUUUCCUCAUUACAAGGAAGUUCUUUACAGGCCAGACUUUGGAACCAAAGGACUGGGGAAGCCUGUUGUCUUUGAUAUGGAUAUGAGUGUUGGAGAUUUCCUGGCUUUAUUCUAUCUCCUUAAAGUGCCUGUAGAAGAGAUCAACGUCAAGGGAAUCAUUGUAAGUCCAACAGGAUGGGCAAAUGCUGCAACGAUAGACAUUGUUUAUGAUUUUUUGCAUAUGAUGGGCCGUGAUGAUAUUCCAGUUGGUCUAGGAGAUGUAUUUGCAAUGAACCAGUCUGAUCCUGUUUUCUCUGCGGUUGGAGACUGCAAGUACCUUAAGGCCAUCCCUCACGGGAGUGGUGGACUUUUAGACUCGGACACUCUCUAUGGGCUUGCUCGUGAUUUACCGCGAAGCCCUAGAAGGUAUACUGCAGAAAAUUCUGUAAAAUAUGGAGCUCCUCGCGACACAGAUCACCCUGAGCUCAGGCAGCCUCUAGCACUGGAAAUCUGGGAUUCCAUUGUAAGAACAUUGGAUCCAGGAUCCAAGAUUACCAUAUUGACCAAUGGUCCCUUGACCAGUUUAGCCAAGAUAAUACAGAAUGAGAAUAACACAAGCUCUGUGAUUCAGGAGGUCUAUGUUGUCGGAGGACAUAUCAGCCAUAGUAAAACAGAUAAAGGAAAUGUUCCGAACAUCGAUCUUAAUGACUAUACAGAACUGAAUAUGUUUCUUGACCCCUUGGCUGCUAAGACAGUCUUUGAGUCUUCACUUGACAUCACGCUAAUUCCACUCGGCGUCCAACGCAGAGUCAGUUCCUUUCCAGAGAUCCUAGAAAGGCUACGCAAGAUUAACACAACACCCGAGGCAUUGUUUGCGCAGCGUUUGCUAUCAAGGCUUUACCACUUGAAAGAAACUCAUCGUAGAUAUCAACAAAUGGAUACCUUCUUAGGGGAAAUCCUUGGUGCAGUAGUGUUAGCUGGUAAUUUUUCGAAGCUGGACCCAACAUUCCGAGUCAAACCCAUCAAGGUCCUUGCUGAAGGUGUUGAAUCAGAGGAUGGACGAAUGGUAAUUGAUGAAAAACAAGGAAGAUUGGUUAAAAUAGUGGAGAAAGUAGACCUUGGAGCAUAUUACGAUCUUUUCACAGAGCAGCUGGGCAGCAAGGAACAAUCUGCUGUCAUAGGAAGCGUUGAUGAGCAGAGAAGAAAUUGGAGCGUGCCGCUAAAUUUAACCAGAGGAUUUCACUAGACCAAUAACUCAUGCAGAAAUUAUUAGUUCUGCUGUUCUGUACUUGGAAUAAUGGAAAAAAAAUAAAGUGCCUGUAAACUUGUAGGGAAACAGUGAAUAUAUACAUUGAAAAUUUGGGUUC